CAUGCGUUCUUCUCAAUACUGCGAUUCAAAACAACUCGUUGCGGUUAAAAUUUGUCAUAUUGCCCUUUGGGCAUAUAGUUUUUAUUCGUAGUAUAAGUAAUUUUGCAAUGAAAAAUGAUACCAGAGCGAACUUGGAUUCAUCCAGGCUAAGAAAAGAUCGCGCUGUUACCCUUUUUCGUCGGGGAUUUCUUUAUUGUUAUUUCGUGUAAAAUUGGGGUUUCCCCGCGUCGCACGAUAACUCGUGAUUGACGGCGAUCAGCUGAUCAAUGUUUGCGACAAAUACCGUGCUGUACAUAUCUCUGCAUGGGUGCUAUCUUGAAUUCGAUUACUUACUGGACUGCAUUUUUCGCAAUUGACUGGGAGGUGGCAGUACGUAUCCUUCAUGGAGGACGAUAAGGAACCUCUGGUAAAUGUCGAGCCCCCGGUGGUAUUGCUACGAACAACCAGGUAUCGCUGGCUCAUCUUGGCCAUAUUUGCAUUGUUUUCUUUAUUGCAAAGUGCAGUAUGGGAUACAUGGGGACCAAUCAGUGUUUCAGCAACACAAGUCGUUGGGUUUACAGAUCAUGAUUAUGAUUUGCUUUCAAAUUGGGCACCAAUUGGAAUUAUGACAACAAUGCCAUUUUUCAUAUGGCUGAUAAACAAUAAAGGUGCAAGACUAUCCGUUAUAUUUGGCGGGACACUGGUUGCAAUGGGUACUGGACUGCGAUGCAUACCUUUGCCAUCGUCCACAUGGAAAUAUUUCAUACAUGCUGGUCAAUUACUGAGUGCAAUAGCAGGAUGCCCUGUAUUGGGUGCAGCUCCUUUAAUAUCCAACACAUGGUUUCCUCCUAAUGAAAGAGUGUUUGCUACUAGUUGCAUGGUUUUAAUUGGAAAUAUAGGUAAUGCAGCAAGUUUUCUAAUCGGACCAGCCAUUGUGAACAGACCAAACAAUUGUACAGGUGGACAAAAUCUUUCAACAACAACACAUGCAACAUAUACAGAUAGAAAUGAAGUUAUGACAAAUGUUACAUUGGCCCCAAUUGUUCCACUAACAACUACUUCAUGCUCAGAUAAUACAGAAGAAAUGAGAAAGCAGAUCAAAUAUUAUUUGUAUGGAGAGUUUGCGAUUGCAGUUUUAAUUCUCGUUUCUAUUGUAAUCUCCUUCCAAAACAAGCCAGAUGUGCCACCUAGUGUAUCUGCUGGGAUAGAAAGGCUUGACAUUUUAGCAGGAUUGAAGACAUUAUCAAAAAAAUAUUCAUUUUGGGUUGUUACAAUAUCAUUUGCUCUUGCUUGUGGUGCGUUCUAUGGUUGGUUUGGUAUUGUUACAGUUCUGAUGACUCCACAUAAUGUAUCAGAGACCGAGGUUGGAAAUGUUGCUUUUGUGAUGACAAUAUGUGGAAGCGUAUUAGGAAUUUUAACUGGAUGGUUUGCUGAUAGAAUAAAAGGGAAGUUGAAAUGGCUAUUAUUCUCCUGUUAUAUAAUAAUGGCUGUUGUAUUUUUGUAUCUUGCAAUCAUAAUAUUGGAUUGGAUCAACGUGCCUCCAUUCAAAUUCACUAAAGCGGGAUUUUGGGUCAGUUUCAUACUGUUUGGAAGUCUUUCAAGUGUAAUUCAACCACUUGGCAUGGAGUUGACAGCUGAUAUUGCUUAUCCAGUUAGUGAAGGAACUUCAAUAUCCGUAGUUACCUGGUUUAUCAUGUUGAGCAUGUUCAUCUUCUUGCUGAUAUUGAAUUCAGUCCCUAAUCAAGAUAUUUCCAUGUACUUGGUGUUAAUUUUUACUGGCCUUGCUGCUCCAUUUUUAGCUAUGUCAGCGAAGAAUGAAAACGUUCGACUUGAAUUGGAUAAAAAUACAAGAACAUCAAACAGGCAUAAUCCUAGAAGUAUAGUUAACUAGCAGUAGUUACUUAAGAAAUUCAGUCCAGUUGCGAAAUUAGGAUGUGAGCAAGACUUCUUGAAUAUGUGUGCAAAACGUUUGCUAUGUUUAUGUGAAAAAUUUUAACUUCUAUUAUUGAGAGUCUGAAAUUCUGCCAAGGAUGCAAAAUUUCGACCCUGACUUCUGGGAUUUAAAAAAUGGAGUUUCAGCCCCACGGCUCUGGUUUAACAUUGAUAGACAACUUUCAUACCUAAACGAAUGAUCUUAAUUUGCCAUCUUCUAAUGCUUAAAUAUCAUUUUAUAUUUGUUAUUACCAAAAUAACCAUUUUAACCUCCUCAAUCAACGCUGUUAUAUAGAGUAACAUGCUAACCUUGUACAUCCUAAAAUCAUAUACAGCAUUGCAUUUUUAGUUCUAUUAUUACUGGUUCUUACUUUUGUGCUUUUAGUCCUGCUCUAAGUGCAUUAUGAGAUAAUAGUGUCUGUAAAAUGUGCAAUAUUGUAAAUUUAUGGAAACUAAAUUGUGCAAUUGAGUUUUCGAUUUAUCGUUAUAUAG